AUGAGGGCUUUCAAUCCCCUUUCCGUGGCACUAGCUGUUUGUCUCUGGCUAGCUGCUGCUGCCCGCAGCAGCAGCAGCAGCAGCAGCAGCAGCAGCCUGGAGGCGAUUCUGAAGAGCGCGGGCCGCGCCUUCCCCGAGCAGCGCCCAGCAGCAGCAGCAGCAGCACGCAGCAGCACGGACCUCUUCGCCGUCGGCUCUUGGCUAGCUGACUCCUUCUCAGCAGCUAGCCACCAGCUAGCCAUGGCUGGCCUGGGCCUUGGGCUGCCGGACGCGCAGCGGCGGCUGCGGCCGCAGGGAGAAGCAGCAGCAGCAGCAAGUUUGCUGCUGGGGUCUCAGGCCCCCGUUGCUGCUGCUCCGUGGCUGCCUGCUGCAGCAGCAGCAGCGCCGGUGGGCUCGACGGUGCAGCAGCAGCGGCAGCAGCCGCAGCAGGAGCGGGAGCUUGCUGCAGCAGCAGCAGCAGCAGCGCAGGCGCUGCAGCAGCCCCCGGUGUACGUACAGCCCAGGGCCCGGCAAACCCUUUUUAAUAUUUCAGCUGCUCUCAAAAGUAUUCAAAAAACCUCUUCGCAAACAAGAUUGAAAGAUGUCGACCGCGCAGCUCUCAGCCACCUCACUGCAGCAGCAGCAAAGGCCGCCGCGGACGUCGAGGUGACUAAACCCUAA